AUGGGCAGGGGAGCAGCGAGGCGCUUUGUUGUCUUCCCCAAGCCUCCUGGGAGCCACGCUCAUUAUUACUUGCAGGGGCCCCGGGCAUUGGUUCCUUGUUCUCUUUUCCCAGCCGUGGGUUCUACCCCACUUGUCACCGUGGAGAGGCAUAAGGCUGCAGAGAAACAGCUGACGUGCACUUCUGACGGCUGGUUCCCACAGCCCCACGUGCAGUGGAAGGACACAGAAGGAAGAAUAGUGCCAUCGGAUCCUGCAGUCCUACAUCAGGGCCAAAAUGGGCUGUUUGACGUGGAGUCACACCUGUUAGUCACAAACAGCUCCGUGAUGAACGUGGCUUGUUCCGUCAGCAACCUCCCGCUGGGUGAGGAGAAGACAGUGGCUGUUUCCCUCUCAGAGUCCAAGAUGAAUUUUUCAUGGAAGAUGCUGCCUGUUUUGGGAUUGCUUCUGGUGGUGACCAUAGGCUUGAUCUGGAUGAACAGCUGUAAAAAAGGUAACUUGUGGACAUAGACCCAGUGCAAAGGAGUCAUGG